AUGCUUUUCGUGGAUCUGAGGCUGGGCAAGAAGCAUGUGGCCGGUGAGGUGUCUCCACCCAUCACUGACCAUUCGGCACCCUCCGAGAGCCAUGGUGAGCGGAUGGCGCGCAGUAGCUUGAAGAAGGCGGCGGAAAGCCUGCCAGAGAUGGAUCGGGUGCUGGGGCAGCUGCCGAAAGCCGUCAAGGAGUUCACCACGGCCUACAGUGAGCUGAGUAGUGAUGCGUUGUUGGAGGGACCGCCCAACUUGGACCCCGCCAAGGCCCUAAGACAGGUGGGGCGCUCAGGCGAGCGACGGCGCGCGAGCGAUGAAGGUCCACUGAUAGGUCGUUUGGCAUUUCCGAGAUCUGUCUUGGAGGAGCACCGAGCGGACCACGCCGUCGACAUCGGUCGCUCGCCUCGGCGUGAAGGGAUGGCCUUGGCCGGUUCGCGAAGAUUUGUUGCGCAGGGCGUUGCAGCGAGGAGGAAGAGGACCUCCAUCCAUCCUGAACAGGCGGAGAAGCUCUGCAAAAUCUUUGUGGAGCCGCUGAAUGUGAUGCAGGUGGUCGUUUCGGAGGUGAGUUUCGGCAUCGUGAAAUGUUUGAAGGAGAUCUUACGGCAGGCAAUUACUCCCAUGCUGUCCUCAGAUGAAAGGCAACGGCCAGCUGGACGAGUUUUGGUGCGGACGGGCUUAGGUGCAGAAGAGGGCAGCACUUUGUGUGGGGCAGUUGCCGACCUGAUGCAGGCGGCCGAAGAGGCUGGGUCUGCCGAUGUCACGGUCUUCCCACGGGAACAGGAGUUCAAGCAGAGAGAUCGGGCAAACGUUUCGAAGCAUCGACACGAGACGAAGCGCUUAGAUCCGAUUCGAAGCCCGUCGACGGGAGAUGAUGCGAGCAACAACAUUCCAAUCCAAGCGCUUGAAUGCGCUUGGGCAUCUUCAGCGCUUCUCAAUGAAUUGACGGUGAUGCUGAUCAGAGAGGUCCUUGGUUUCCAUGCAGACAUUGCUCCCCAGGUGGGUGCCAGUGGGGCUUCUCCCAUCUACGCAUUGGCCGGAUGCGUUGACUUUGAUCAUGCAACCGAGAAGAAUUGUGGCUCUCAAGAGACGCAGAUCCAUGUGAGUGUGGACAGCUGGGUUGGAAGCUACGCAUCCGCUCAGAACAAUUUCGCGAAGGAAUACCCAAGGAUUGCAGCAGAGGAUUUGGGGAGUAUGGGAUACUCUGGAGAGGAGUCCAUGUACGUGAGCCAGGAGAUUCUCCAUGCUGCCUACAGUGAAUCAGGUCUGGCCCUGGACUUCUACAAAAGCUACUUUGCUGAGGGUAGCAGGAUUGCAGGAAUCGCAGACUGUGACCUGCAAAUGAUAUAUCAUAAGCCACCCCUGUGGUUGGGUAUGAAAAGGGGUGCAGCGAUGAAUAUGUUUAUGCCCAAGACGUUUUGA